UGUAUCUAUAAAGUAUUCUCCAGAGUAUGAGGUCCUAUACGUCAGGGCACAUCAGAAACCUGAACUUUGCGCCAAAGUUGCUCCAAUAUUUUAUUUCAUACGUAGUAACUUAAAAGAACUAUUUUAUACACAACAGGUCACACUUUUUGUUAUUACUGUCGCCAUCCCAAUCACCCCUAUAUAUGAACAAGACGAUUUGAUUCCGCAAUGGAAUGAAUGGUUAUUGUUGGUGUGGGUUACUGGUGUUCUGGUCAACGAGAUAACCAGCCCUGGUCGGAGCACUGGGAUUUCUAGAAUUCGUACAAUUGUAUUGGUGCUAUGUGCCCUCGCUAUAGUUAUACACCUUGUCGGUUUCGCAUAUCCUUAUUUUGGACCGAAUUCUCCACCGGAGUCGGUGAAACAGCGACAAGAAGUUAUCUAUGUUCGAAAUAUUUGUCUCUCGGCAGCCAUGACUUUUGCUUUUGUGCAAUUUUUAGAGUUUUUAAGUUUUCACUAUUUGUUUGGACCCUGGUCAAAGAUCAUAGGCGGUUUAUUAAACGAUCUAUUUAAGUUCGGAGUUAUCGUUCUCAUGUUUAUAAUAGCGUUUACAAUGUGGUUGGCUGCUGUUUAUCAACCGGUUUACCAAAUACCAAGCAACACGACAACUGAGAUUGUGGGCGGCGGUAACGGCGCAGGAGGAGCCCGAGUUCUCAACGCUCUGGACACUUUCCAAAUUCUAUUUUUUGCUUUGUUUGGAUUAAUUGAACCGGAUAACUUACCCCCAAUCAACCAAAGUCCAGUGUUCUCAAUAUACAUUGUUCAAAUUGUAUUCGGCCUUUAUCACGUCAUUACACUGAUUGUUCUCAUCAAUUUGCUAAUAGCUAUGAUGUCGGAUACAUAUCAACGUAUACAGGCACAAUCAGACACAGAGUGGAAAUUUGGGCGAGCUGAACUGAUAAGAUACAUCAAGAAAACAAGUUUAUCGCCAUCCCCAACUAACUUGUUGAUUACAGCAUAUACUUACAGCAAGCUAUUUAUUAAACAUAAAGGUCGUGCCUGUGACGUAGGUCUGGCACCAUCAGAAGUGGAUGAUGCUCCAGUCAAUACUAAAGAUAACGUGUAUUUGGAUACACAACAUACACAUACCCUCACUAAUGAUAAGAAAAGCUUAACUGACGUAGUGGAUUGGGAUGCUAUACGACACAAGUACUGGGAAAGAAAGGGGAAGAUCAAGCAGACCGGAAAUGACAUCAUAGCCGCGCUUGGUCGAGCUACGUCAUACACCGAACGUGGGGGACAAGAUAGACCGAACCUAAACGGUGGAAUUCACAGAAACGAUAUGAAUUCAAACUUACCACAUACUGUAGUGUAUGACAAUGAAGCAUUCGACGCUCAUAAGUAAAAACAAAAAUAGGCGUGAACUUGAUAUGGUAGGGUGGGGGUAAGAUAGGACAUUUUUAUUAUAUCUUCUCGUCCAUUUGAAAUUAUACAAAGAAUUAUUACAGAAUAAUAAGGAUCGUAGCCUCGAGGCUGUAAAAGGGUGCUGUUAAUUGUUCAAAACACGAUCAGAAAAUACGGGAUUUAGAUCUUACCCCACUGUACUAUACAAUAAACCCACAACCUAAUGUACACCUAAUUUCCGCUUUAUUGGAACCAAAGAUUUCAUAAAGUAUUGUGGUAUACCCCACUGAGUUAAUCGUAUGGUUGCAGCAUACCGCAUUAACAGCGUUAACAUACAAGGUGCAAUGUUAAAUACGAUAACUUUCAGUUUAUCGUGCGUUUUUCUGUACACGGUGUAACAUAUACGUGGUAUUAUGCCCUGCUGUCUAUUAUUGUUCCUAUUUAUAUACAUUCUCCUAAAAAAUUUUACGUUUUUUGUUGUUUUUGUUUCAUGCCAACAAGCAACAUACUUUUAGUUUUCCUUCUUGCCAGGCGAGACUAUUUUAUUAAACUUUUUCUCUUCUUAUUUAAAUCUUUUCACAGUUCUACGCUUUUUCUGUUUAUUUCUGCUGUUUAUUUAAUA